AUUUAAAAUAAGGCAGCCCACGAGCCCAAGACAAAAUAUAUAAGUAUUAUUUUCUUCAAGAAAACAGCCGCCGCACGCAGUAGUCGCAUUCCAGCCACACUCCGGUCAGUCUCUCUCUCUCUCCAGGUCUAGAUUGUGUUGGGAAGACGAAGUUUACCACAAAUAUGAUCGAUAUUUAUUUUGACGAUGUCAUGAAGGUUGAACAACUUGAUCCGGAUGGGAAAAAGUUUGACAAAGUUUCCCGGAUUGUAGCAAAAAGUGAGAAAUCAGGCGCAGAGAUGCUGUUAGAUGUGAACACCUCAAUUUAUCAAAUUCUGGUUGGGGACAAGUUGAGGAUGGCAUUAACUACAUCAUUGAAUGGAUCCAUUGAUUCUGAGGGAAAUCAAAUAUCGCUGGCUGACAAAUUUGAGUAUGUCAUGCACGGUUUGUUGUACAAGAUGUCUGAUGAAAUCUCAGGCGGACAAGCUAAAGUGUUAGUAUAUAUCUCAUUUGGUGGUCUUCAAUUGAUGCUGAAGGGGGAUCCCAUUCUAAUGGGUAAAUUUAAGGUUGAUCAGAAUUUAUUUCUCCUUAUAAGGAAGAUAUGAAGGGAAAUUCUGAAGUUUUUAAUAUUUUGGAGGAUGAAUCGACAACAAAACUUAUUACAGGAGACGCGAUUAUGUACGCAUGUAUUUAAUAUCGAAAAACAUGAUUUGGUUCAAAGUAGGAAAGUAUCUGUUAUUGUGUCUUGUCUUUUGGAUCAUGUUUCUUGGUUUGCAAUUUAAGGAUUUAAAUUCAAAG